AUGAAUUGUGUUUCUACACCAAAAUUCUCACUCCUAAUCAAUGGCUCCAUGAAGGGUUUCUUUGAAUCCAAAAGAGGUCUUUGCCAAGGAGAUCUAAUAUCACCCUUGCUCUUUGUACUUGUGAUGGAAUACUUAAGUAGAAUCAUGGAGAAAAUUAGUGAAAAGGAGGAAUUCUACUUUCAUGAUAGAUGUAGUGCUUUGAAGCUUAAUCAUCUAAGCUUUGCAGAUGAUAUCAUAUUAUUCUGCAAAGGCAAUUUUAAGAGCAUCUAUUUAAUCCUACAAGGAUUGAAACUCUUUUCAAAUACAUAUUGUUUGGAGCCAAAUGUUCACAAAUUAGCCCUAUACUGCUCGGGUAUGGAUGAAGCCGAAAUUAAACGAGUACUAGAUGUUUCAGGUUUUCAGCAGGCAUUAUACUCUAGUCAGAUAAUUGGGCUUGCCAAUUUGCACUCAAAGUAUAUCCUCCACAGAAUGCAAUUUACUGGUGCAAAAUGA